AUGGAUUAUUACGAAAUUCUUGAGGUUUCCCGUGAUGCGACACCGGAACAGAUACGCAGCAGUUAUCAUCGACUUGCCUUGCGUUAUCAUCCCGACAAGGCCGGUCCAGAAGGCGCGGAAAGAUUUAAGGAAAUACAUGAAGCCUAUGAAGUGCUCUCAUCACCUGAGAAAAGACAGAUGUACGAUAUGUACGGUAAUGUGGCUGGUGAUGAGUUGACACAGAUGUUUGGAAAUACUAGCCCUUUUAUAGGCUUGCUUGUAUUAUUGUUUUUUGCUCUCUUGAUUGUAAUAUUAUGCAUUAUAUUCUCUGCAUUUAUCGCAGCGUAUGUGGAUGGACGUCUAAGAUCCCGUGAUGUUAGUACCGUGGAUGAUCAUAGCCGAGCCUACUGGAACUAUGUGAAGGUGUUUUCACCAAUAUUUAUAAUAGAUAUCCUUAUAGGUAUUCCGGCAUUAUGGAUGUUCCUCUUUUCACUCUGUGCCUGUUCAAGAGUGUUAUUUUUAAAUAGUGCAAUAACGCUUUGUUGCAUUGUUUUGUCUAUUAUUAUCCCUGUGGUAAAGGAUGCAAACGAUAUGAAGACAUUGCGUGGUGAAACUGAUUUCCGUUUAUGGCACGUUUGGCUUGUACCAAUGUAUAUUGCCAUGAUUCUGUUUGUGAUAAGAUGUGUUGUUGCAUUUCCGAGUAAAGCUCUGUAUGAACGCCUAGUUUCAAGGCAGAUGGAGUGGCUUUGGAAAUGUGUAAAAAUAGAGUAUGUGUUCUCUAUUCUACGUUGUUUGCCUAUGAUGGUUUUCUGCGCUCUCAUCGCAUGCCGUGCUGAUGAUGUGAUUACAACGAAUUACUUUGUGGUGGUGGGUAUGCCCUUUUUUGUGUGGGCUUUUCUUGUUGUUGUGGACGCCGCAAUAUGUAAGAUACUUCUUUACAAACGAAAAGAAAUUGUCUCGACUAUUACUCUCAGUGCUUCCAUACUAAUGCUAUUUCUUCUUAUUACGGUUGGAUUGGUGUCAAAGCGACUAAACGAUGUUAGUCGUGUUCAUAGUGGUGGUGGUGGGAGUGUCCUUUCACUAGGCCGUGCCCUCAUCCCAGUGUAUAUAUUUCUUGGUCUUUUGUUUUUAGUAAUUUUCAUUAUGAUAUUUCAAAUAAUCUCUCUUUACCUACUAUAUAUCUCCAGUGUGGCAGAUCCCAACCCCGAUGGUGCACCUGAGGCUGAGGACACACACUCAAAUAGUGCGAUGAGGCAAGAUGGUGAAGAAACUCAAGAUGAGGCUCACAAUCGAUCUCAGCACGAUAACAAUGAUAUUUCAGAUGUGCAUCAUGACAGUGAAACAGUACCUUUAAUUGAGGAUAAUCAUAACAAUGAAGCUAAUUAUAACUCUGUAGAUGAACAGGGAGCAGAGAGGAGUGGCCAGCCCUCAAGGGAACAAGAAGGGCGUCCUGUAACUCCUCAACGUCGACUCUCCGAUAUCGAUUAA